AUGGGGUUCAGUACUGCUAGCGAAUUUGAUCAGGCGUAUCAAAGUGUCCGGCGUGGAUUCGCGUCCGGCACGACCAAGAACAAAGAAUGGCGGCGCCGUCAACUGAAACGCGCUUGGUGGAUGAUCGAGGACAACAAGAAGCGUAUCUGUGACGCCCUCUAUGCUGAUCUGCACAAGCACUAUCAAGAAGCAUACACUGGCGACUGCGGUAGUAUCCAGGCAGACAUUCUACGCACUCUCGAUAAACUCGAUGAGUGGACCAAAGAUGAGAAACCAGAGAGGUCCGACCCUCUCAAUUUUCUAGGAGGAGCUACCAUCCGCAAAGAACCUCUCGGUGUAACUCUGAUUAUCGGCGCAUGGAAUUUCCCUGUCACUCUGCUUCUGCAGCCAAUGGUUGCCGCAAUUGGUGCCGGAUGUGCCAUGAUCCUCAAACCAUCGGAUGUUGCUACUGCCACUCAAGAUUUGUUGAUGGAAAUUAUCCCUCAAUAUAUGGACCGCGAUGCGAUUCAGUGUGUCACCGCCGGAGCACAGGAAAUGGGCUAUAUUCUGGAACAUCGCUUUGACCACAUUUUCUAUACUGGAUCCCCCAAUGUUGCGAAGAUUAUCCACGCCGCAGCCGCAAAGCAUCUGACCCCCGUCACACUCGAGUUGGGCGGCCAAUGCCCGGCCAUCGUAGCGGAGUCGGCGGAUCUCGAUCUCACUGCGAAGCACAUUGCAGUGACCAAGUUCAUGAACGCUGGACAGAUCUGCUUGAACGUGAAUCACGUUCUUGUCCACCCUAACCUACGAGAACGCCUAGUUGCCGAGUUGAUUCGGUACUUUGACACGUUCUCGGGAGGGUCCGACAAAUCAGAGGAUUACACACACAUUGUAAACGAUCGCAAUUUUGAUCGCCUUGAAAAUCUACUCCAGCAAACCGCCGGUAAAAUUGUCUACGGUGGCCAGCGUGAUCGUCAAUCCCGGUACUUUGCACCAACGAUCGUCACCGGAGUCAAACCCGGUGACGCCCUUCUGUCCGAAGAGUUGUUCGGCCCGAUUCUUCCCAUCAUUGACGCAGACUUCAACACUGCCAUCGAUUUUACACGCGCCGGAGAACAUCCUCUCGCGAUCUAUGCCUUUACCCAUCAAGCUGCCGAAAAGGCUCGCAUUCUCAAUGAAACCCAAUCCGGCGGCGUGACCUUCAACGACUGCGCUCUUCACAUGGCUGCUCGUGAUGUACCAUUUGGCGGUGUCGGAAAUUCUGGACAAGGAUAUUAUCAUGGCCCCCAUGGUAUUCGGACUUUCUCGCAUCUCCGUACACACAUCAAUGCCCUCCCUGCGUGGAUGGAGGGGCUCCUCGCUGCGCGAUACCCCCCUUACUCGGUUGAGAAAGCUCAUAAAAUGAUACCCGCUUCCAAACCAUCGUUUGACCGGGAUGGAAAUGAUACAGGUCUUGGUCACUCGAAGUGGCUUUUGACUGUUGGCAUGUUAGGGCUGUCCGCGCUAGUUGCUACCCGGAAGGAUCAGAUUAUCGCUUACGGUUCGAAGUGGCUUAAGUGA